GAGCGAAGACAAGGCAAAAUAAAAGAAAAAGCAUAUGAAACGAGGGAGCAUAGGGAGUGAGUGUUACUUUGCAAAAAAAAAAAAAAGAAGAAAAGAGAAAAAAGCAGAACAAAUAUCCAAAUAAAGAAAAGUUCAAAUUUGAAGCUGAAACCAUGCUCGAGAUGUUCGAAUAACAACAACAAUGACAACGCUCGCAUCAACGGGUAAACUAAAAAACCAACACGCUCCAACUGCUACCGCGGUGCAACUGCAUCCACGAAGGCACCACCAGCAGCAGCAGCACCACCAGCAGCAGCAGCAGCAGCAGCAGCAGCAGCAACAGCAGCGGCACCAGCAGCAGCUGCAGCAGCAACUGAAAGCAAAUCGAUGUGAACUAAAAUCGUAUUCGUAAUCUUGAUUUCGAAGUGCAAGUGCUGACAGCAAGUGCAACAAAUCGCCAAAAUAUCUAGUUUUAAAUUUCAGCAACAACGCCUCGCCUCGCCUCGAUUUUGAGCUAUUUAUUUUGCUUGCAUUGUUUUUGCCCAAACUCAGCCUCCCGUUGUGCCAAUUCAUUUACACACAAACACACACAGAGACACGCGCGCACGCACACAUACACCCACACCGAUGGGCGCCUGCCUACACUUUUGCCCGCCCGCCCCCCUUUGAAAGUGAGCGAUUGCUCUCGAAUUUCAACUCCGUUCGCUGGCUUUGAGCUUUAAGCUCCCAAUUGGAGGGCAGCGACAACGAUAACGAUAGCGAUAACGAUUACUGAGUGGAAUUGAGAAAGAAAAAAAAACGUUGAUAAGACGGCGAUCCUUAAUCCGAUCCGAUAAUAGCAAUGCAGUAUAGGCCACCAUGGGUUCACAGACCUUGGAGAUACUGCGCCAGGGCGUGUGGGCCUCACUGACCGGCGGCUAUUUUUACGAUCCGCAUCAGGGCGUCUUUUGCAAUGUGGUGCAUUUGUAUCUCUGGCUCUACCUGCUCUGUUCGCCCUUUGUCGCCUACUUGUACUUUCCAAGCACAUGGCUGACCUGGUGCCUGUAUUGUGUGCUAACCAGCGGCACCAUAUUGCUGGUAAAGCUUAUCAAUUUGGCGCUGCACCGGCUGUACGAUCGGGCGCAGACGAUGUCCGAGGUGAAUCUAAAGAGUCAAUUCUUUAAAGUCACCAAGGAAUCGGAUCAGCGUGAUCCCGACGAGGAGAACGGCAUCGAGAUGAAAGUGAUGCGCGCCAUCGGCAACAACGGCUCGCAUCUGUCUGUGGAGCAGGCCAUCAACGAGGCCAGCGAGGAGAACAGCAUCAUGUCCAUUGACAAUGUGAACAGCAUUAUUGAUCUCAAAGUCGAUGUGCAUCGCAAGAACAGCUCGGAGUCCUUUGAGCUUAUGUUCUAUGCGCCGUCGAUGCUCUCCGCUGGCAGCCAACAAGAUCAGCAAUCGAUCGCUGGCUCCGCUAGCGUUAGCAAAUCCAUACGAUCCACUAUUGCCGCCGCUGCACAGAAUAAUCUAUCCGCCAACGAGCUCUUCACCAAAUAUCUGGCCGUCUAUCCGGAAAUGGUUGAGGUUGUUGUGCCUCCCGCUGACGGCAACGGCGGAACCACUACCACUGCAGCAGCGGACACCAGCCGUUCUACGCCCAACUCAACCGCAGCAGCAGCAGCAGCAACAAGCAGCACGGGCACAACCACAGUCAGCACGGGGCGCACGGGUCAUUUGUCGCGCAAAUGCUCGGAGGUGUUCAGUCGACGCCAUCGGCGGCGACUCGAGCGCCAGAGCAGCCUCGACGCUGGUGCCGCGGAGCCCACAUUUAGCGCCAAGCUGAUGCGCAAUCAAUCGGAUACCAUUGCCACAACGACAACAACAACAACAACAUCGGCGGCGGCAGCGCCCAGUUUUCUACACACGAAGGCGGUGCGGCCGGGGGCCAAUCCGCGACAGCAUUUCAUGGCCAACAACGCACAGGCGGGCGCGGCGGCAGCUGCAGCUGGCAGCGACACUGCAUCCACAUCCUCGGCGGUUAUGGUUGUGGCCCAGCCAAAUACUACACGUUCCUCGCGCCUGCAGCGACAUCGCAGCUCGGAAACGCACGACGAGCGCCUGAAGCAUCAGAGUCGUGCCGGCCUGUUCCAGUCGAUGCAGCAGCAGCACUCGCAUCUCCAGCACCAUCAUCUGCAGCAGCAACAGCUGCAGCAGCAGCAUGCCCAGCAUCAGAAUGCCAGCAGCAUCGGCAGUGGCGUCAACGAUGUGGAGGACAUGGAGCUAGGACUGGGUCUCGGUCGCGGCGCUGCCAAUGAUGCCUGCAAUCGUGCGCUCCAGUCCUGGAUAUUAGAUUCGUCGUCGGAUGUGUACCUGGAGGAUGAUAGCUAUACCAAAUCCGAUUUGGGCAUUGAACAGCAGCCGCAUCAGGCGCCAUUUCGAGCCCAGCAUCACCAUCAUCAUCACCACCAUCACCAUCAGCUGCAUCACAAUCACCUGCAUCAUCAUCUGGGCAGCGCGAUUGUACGCAAGGAUCCCAACAGCACAAUGUCUGCGCUGCAGCUGUGCGCCUCCAGCAGCUCGUGCACGGGUCGCGCCGAUUCCAACCAAGUGCUGGCCGAGGUGAGCAGCGGCGGCGGCGGCGGCAAUGCCAGCAGCAGCACUGGUGCCGGAGGCGGGCGGAACGGCAGCACGGCCGCAAUGAAGCGGAGACGACAUUCCAACGCAACCAGCUAUCACAAGCAGAACAGCGGGAGCAGCGCACAGGGUGGCGGCUCCAAGUCGACGCUGUUGUCGUCCGGCGGCCAAACGGGCGGCGGUGGCAACGGUGUCCGGCGCAUUAAGAGCGCCGCUCUGGAGGUGCUGUGCCCGCAGCCGUCCGUCUCGAAUCUGAGCCCGCAUCCGAACAGCGUGGAAGCCAUCAGCGGGCAGCAGCAGCUGCGGAAUCCCCUGCCGCCGCCGAGCAAGAGCUUGGUGCGCAAUCAGCUGCUGAACCUGUAUCCGCCACGUCUGGUCGAUCAGCAAUACGCGGAGAGCAGCUGCGGCGGUGCCGGCGGCGGCGUCGGCGGUGGAAGCAGCUGCAGCAGCGUCAUCUUUGGCAGCUCUAGCGCCUGCGGCUCAACGCAAGCGCUCAUCGAGCCACCCGUCUAUCCUAUUGUCGAGCAUUUGGAUGAGAAGACGUCCGACGAGUCGCCGGGCGCACAGCCGCACGAUGAAACGGACCAUGUCAACGGCAGACACGAUGAUGACGACGAUGAGCUGGACGAUGUGCCGCUGAGGCGGCGUACACGCGCCCUCGGCUGCAGUCAGACGCAUCAUAGCGCCGAGUCGGAUGUGGGCGGCAUUUUGGCGGACGAUGAUGACGAUGUCUUCAAGGAUUUUGAUGACAAUCUCGAGCACAUACUCAGCGAACUGCAGCAGACGCACAGUCAACUGGACGAUGUGCUCAAGAAGUGUGAGCUCUACGCGGCGGGCACGGCCGGAACGGGCGCCCCAACGACAGCCGCUGCUGCAGUGGCCACCGCUGCAUCCGAUGACGAGGAGACGGACAACAACACGGGCUCACGCUCACCCCUGCUCAGCAAUCGGCAGCAGCAGAGCGCGCGCGAACAGGCCGCCGAGCAGGCCAUGCGCCAGGAGCUAUCCUUGCCCGCGUUGCAGCAACAGAUUCAACCGGCGACGGCAACGGCUGCGCUGAUACGCAGCGAGGCCGAUUCCGGUUGUCCGUCCAGCGACUGUGAGCAGGUGAGCGCCAGCUCAAAGGAUCAGUUGCUCGCCGGCAUGGAGCAGCUGCCCAGUAGCCAGACCCAAACACAGCCGGAGCAGAAUGGUGAGCAGCAGCAGGAGGAGCAGCAGGAUGAUGGGGAAGAGGAGGUGGAGGAGGAUGAGGAAAAGCCGUGCACAUCACGCAUGGCCGCCAGAAGCCUAGGCGCCAUACCCAAGGUGCUCAACUAUCGCGAGGUGGACGAACUGCGUCGCCGGCGCGCCACCAGCAACCAGCUGGACGCCUGUCGCAACGAUCUGGCGGUCAUCAAGCAGCAGCAGCAGCAGCACAAGCUGCCCGGCAGCGGCGCCUCGCGCAAUUCCUCCUCCUCGAACUCGACGCACAGCAUCAGCCUGACGGAAAGCCUCACCGCGGACAUACACAAGAUGCUCUGGCUGAUGCACGGUGGCGCUGUCGAUGAUCGCGGUCGUCCCAUAGCUGGCAUCUUGCCGGAUGGCACGCCUGUGCCGGCCAAUCCCAGUAUUGUGCCGCCAAACAUGUCCAGUGCGCAUUUUCAGUUCUAUCAGGAUGCCAUACAGGCCCUGCAGAGCAGCUAUCCCGCCUCCAGCUCCGUGGAGCAUAUGACGCACAUCGAGCUGGCGUUGGCGCGCGACAAGCGCUGCAUGGACGCCAAGCGGAUGAUUGAGAAAAUGGCUGCGCUCUCAACGGGCGGCGAGGCGCGAGGCAGUGGCGCACAGACGACGGUACCGCCGCCAGCUCUGGGCAUGCUCAUGGGCAGCUCAACGCGCGCGGCGAAUACCACAACGGCGGGAGCUGGCGGAGGAGCAGCAACAGGAGCAGCGGGAGCGACGCGCGCCUCGCUGCAGGGCAUGUUCAAUAUGAUGCGCAGCGAAUUGCAGGCAGCGCGCACGGAUGCACUGCAGCAGCAGCUAAACGAGGCGGUGGCAGCGGCCACCAACGCUGGCGUUGCCCUGCCCACCGACACCGCCGCCAGCCGGCAGCAGCAGCAGCAGCAGCAAUCGCAGCAGCAGCAGCAGCUGCAGCAACAGCUCAGCCAGCCGAUGCUGAAUGUGGAUGGUCAUUUUGCGCCGUACUGUGACUAUUGGCGGCCCGCCUGCCUGCUGGCCGCCGAGAAGACGGUGGUGCCGAAGAGUUUCUACAAGUAUCGCUUCAAGUGGUGCGGCCAGGAGCAUGAGUUCAAGAUAGCCAUGGAUCGCCUGGAGCUCCUAGCUCUGUUCGAUCGUGAUCUGCACUGGCUGCACGUCCUGCUGGCCUGCGUGCUGUGCACCCUGGUCGCCUGCCUGGGCGCCGCCAUACUGCAGCACAACUACUACAAGGAUCUGUGCGUGCUGCUCUUCUGUGCGGUCAUCGCCGGCGCCCAGUAUUCGCUGGUGAAGAGCGUCCAGCCGGAUGCCGCCUCGCCGGUGCACGGCUUCAACAAGACGGUCGCCUAUUCCCGCGCCAUAUACUUUUGUCUGUGCGGCGGACUGCUCUUGCUGCUGAAGCGUCUGGACACGGAUUAUGCGCAGCGGCCGCCGGAGUCAAUGAUUUUCUUUGGCAUACACUAUGCGCCGGCGCAUGUGGUCGGAUUGCUGCUGCAGUCGCUCUACGUGCUGCUACUGUGCUUUCCGAUCAUCUUUUCGGUGGGUCUGUGCCCGCAGAUCAACACGUUUCUCAUGUACCUGCUCGAGCAGCUCGAUAUGCAUCUCUUUGGCGGCAAUGCGGCGAGCAGUCUGCUCGGUUCAUUCCUUUGCCUGCUGCGCUCCGUGCUCGCCAUCCUGCUGCUCUAUGGGCCGCUCUAUGCGGCCCUGGACGAGCGUCGUGGCACGCAGUAUAUACUCUUCUCCAUCUUCUGUGCAAUGCUCAUACCGCUGGGCUAUCAUUUGUCGCGCUCGGCGAGCGAUUUCAGUCAUCUGUGGCGGCUCAUCAAGACCUGUAUCGUGAGCACCUAUCGCGACGACGAGGAGGACCUGAGGCACAGCCGCAAACGUAGCCAGGCCGGGCAACAGCAGCAGCAGCAGCAGCAGGAGCAGGUGCAGCAGCAGCAGCAGCAGCUGAGCCGCGGCAAGCGUCAGUCAUCGGAGCCGACGUCAACUGGGCAGCCAACGCCGCUUGCAACGCAUCGAGCACGCCAGCCGGAGCUCAGCUCCAUGGCCAACAGCAAUGAGCAUAUCGAGCUCAGCUCGCUCGAAAAGCUCGCCAUGGGCGAGGAGCAGCAGGCGGAACGGGAGCAGGAGCAAGAGCACGAAGCGGAGACACAGCUGGAUCAGAAGCACAGCAAAUCGAAGGCCUCGUCGCUGGGCAGCAGCCAAACGCUGGCCAAGACCAUCAGCAGCAGCAAACGCGCCAUGACCGCCUCCAGCUCGUACGCCUCCAUUGGCGUUGAGGAGCCAGCAGCAGGAGCAGCAGCAGCAGCAGCUACAGACAAGGAGCUGGUAAAGAGAUCGCGCAGCCAGGAGAACGUUUACGAGACAAAGACCAACGAGGCCAACGAGGAUGUGCAGGAUGACAAAAUCUCGAGUUCAUCGACAACGAAUCCCGGCGAUAUGUCCACACUGACUGCCGGCGCGGGCACCGCCAACACAGACAUCGAUGCGACAGCUUUGGACGCUGAAACGGAUGAUCAUCAGGAGGAGGAUCAUGCCGCCAUCGAGCUGGACAACAGCGAACUGGAGCAGGAUGAGCUACCCGAUCCGCUGCCGCGCAAAUUGCAAGCAACUGUGACGACGCGCCUGAAGAAUGAUCUGGUUGUGAUGACCCUGCUGGGCGUCAGUGUCCUUGUGCUGCACUGCAGCACCGUCUUCACCGUCCUCCAGCCGGAUCUCAAUGUCGUUCUCUACGUAUUCAUUGGCACCCUCGGCGCCCUGCUCCACUAUGCCGUGCCCCAGAUGCGCAAGCACAUGCCCUGGCUGUGCUUCGCUCGACCGCUGCUGCGCCAGAAGGAGUUCGGCCAGUUCGAGGUGCUCAAUGCGCCGCAGAUCAUGUGGUUCGAGAAGUUCUACAUCUAUCUGAGCGUUCUCGAGCGCAACGUGCUCUUCCCGCUGUUGGCCAUCUCAUCGCUGACCGCCGACUCGCAGCAUAUUGUCGACAAGUUCGGAGUUCCUUGGGGCACGCUCAUCGUCGCUGUUUGCGCCCUCAAAUUUGUUCGUAAUGCAUACUCGGAUCCGACGAACCAAUACCUGAUCAUUAUAUUCACCGUGCUGCUCUUUCGCAUUGAUUUCGCGAUGGCAACGGAAAGUUUUAUCAUCGACUAUUUCUUCGUAUCGCUCGCUUUUCGCAAGUGCUGCGACUUUCUGCUCAAGCUGCAGUUCAUUGUGACGUAUAUCGCGCCGUGGCAGAUCACGUGGGGCUCGGCAUUCCAUGCCUUCGCCCAGCCCUUCAGCGUGCCCCACUCGGCCAUGCUGUUCCUGCAGGCGGGCAUAUCGGCGCUGCUGUCGACGCCGCUGAAUCCGUUUUUGGGCAGCGCCAUAUUUCUCACCUCGUAUGUGCGUCCGGUUAAGUUCUGGGAACGGGACUACAAUACGCGUCGCAUCGAUCACUCGAACACACGGCUCAGCUCGCAGCUGGAACGUGAUCUCGGCGCCGACGACAACAAUUUGAAUAGCAUCUUUUACGAGCAUCUGACGCGCUCGCUGCAGCAUUCGCUCUGCGGCGAUCUGCUUAUGGGUCGCUGGGGCAAUGUCAACCAGGGCGAUUGCUUCGUGCUCGCCUCGGACGAUCUGAAUUGUUUGGUGCACAUCAUCGAGCUGGGCAACGGGCUGUGCACGUUUCAGAUGCGCGGCCUGGAAUUUCGCGGCACUUAUUGCCAGCAGCGCGAGGUGGAGGCCAUUACAGAGGAUGUCGAGGACAACGAUGGCUGCUGUUGCUGUGAUCCCGGCCAUUUACCGCGUCUGCUCAGCGCCAAUGCCAUGUUCUCCACGCGCUGGCUAGCCUGGCAGGUAGUUGCCGCCCAAUAUGUCAUCGAGGGCUAUUCCAUAUCAGAUAACCUGGCCAGCGCCACGUUGCAGGUCUUCGAGUACCGCAAGGUGCUCAUCACCUACUACAUAAAGAGCAUCAUCUACUAUGUGGUGCGCAAUCCGAAGCUGGAGCAGUGGCUUGCCUCGGGUCCCAUACAGGAGGCACUGCAGCAUACGCUGAGCCGUCAAUUUGUCGAUCUCGAUCCCAUAUUCAAUUUCAAUCUGGAUGAGGAUUUCGAUUUUCGUGCCGUUGGCAUAACACGCUCUAGCUUCUGCUACGUCUAUCUCAAGUGGAUCAACUACUGCGUAGACAAGCGCAAGGAGGCGCAAGCCGCCAAGGAGCCAACGGUGCAGCCAGUCAAAGAUCCUCCUGCGCCGCCGGCUGCCACCACAGCAACGCCGCCCACAGUUGCCGCUGCUGUGGUGCCGCCGCCGCCGCCACGCCCACCCCGUCCGCCACCACUGAGCAUUAGCACAGCGGUUGAGCAGGCGCCAAGCACAAUCCAGCCGCUGGCCAGCAAUGCGGGCGCAGUAACAGCGAAUAGCACGCCCGCGCACAACGAUUCGAAGAGCACGCCGAAUCUGUCCGCGCACGGCGGCACCAGUGUGCCCCAGUCCAAGUCUCAGUCGCAGCAACAGCUGCGCAGCGUCCGGCCCCAGAAGAGCGCCACGAUGAGCGGCGGCAAUACGGCGCCCGGCGUUGUCCAGCCGGAGGGCAGCGUGCUGGGCGGCAUCGAUCAGCUGAGCAGCUCGCACAGCUUUGCGAACAUCUCGCGACAGACGUCGGAGAGCGCACCUGGGCUGGGCAACUAUGUGGCCUACAUGGAUCAGAAUGUGUUCGUCAAGCUGGCCAAGACGUCGACAACGACACCGGGCAAAUCGCUGCGCAAGGAGGAUUCGCCGCGCCUGCAGCCGACCAUCAAUCAGCAGGAGGGCACAAAUCUGACCACCAUAAUGCCUAGCACGGUGCCCUCGAUGACGUCGCGGCCAACGCCGAAGCCACGCGCCCAGAGCGUCAACAAGGAUGCGCCGCUGGUGUCCCUGUGCCUGGCACUGGGCCUGCUCGCCCGUCGAUCCCUGGCCACCGCGUCGCACAGCUCGCUGACGGGCGUCGAGUACUUUUUGCACGGCCUUCAUGCACUCUUCAAGGGCGACUUUCGGAUCACGUCGCCGCGCGACGAAUGGGUAUUCGCGGACAUGGAGCUGCUGCAUUCGGUUGUGGCGCCCGCUGUUAAAAUGGCCCUCAAACUGCAACAGGAUCAUAUCACAAAUCCGGAUGAGUUUCACGAUCCGCUCGCCCUGUACGAGGCCAUCGACAAUUGCUCCAAGGAGCUGGUCAUUUCGCACGAAGCGGAUCCCGUCUGGCGCAGCGCCGUGCUGCGCGGCGCACCCAAUUUGCUGGCCCUGCGCCAUGUCAUGGAGGACGGCUCUGACGAGUAUCGCAUCAUCCGGCUGACCAAGCGUUUUCUCAGCUUUCGCGUCAUCAAACUAAACCGCGAAUGCGUGCGCGGCUUGUGGGCUGGCCAGCAGCAGGAGCUCAUUUAUUUGCGCAAUCGCAAUCCGGAACGCGGCAGCAUACAGAACGCCAAGCAGGCUUUGCGCAACAUCAUCAACUCCAGCUGCGAUCAGCCCAUUGGCUAUCCCAUUUACGUCUCGCCACUGACCACAUCCUAUGCGGACACAAAUGGGCAGCUCUGUCAGGUGAUUGGCGGUGCCAUUACCCUGGACACGAUCAGGCAAACCGUACUCGAUUGGUGGCAUCGCAUACGGGAACGUUGCCGUCAGGGCUGCAGCUCCGGCUCCGCCAUGGAGGCCUCCAUGCAGCUCGGCGGCGGCGCCGGCGGCGCAUGUAAUUUUGGCAGCGGCGGCAGCGUCGUCGGCACCGGAACCGGCUCCAUCUCCAUUGCAGGCUCAGCCGCCGUUACAGCGGGCGCGACGAGCAUUGGCGGCGCCGGCGGCGGAGUUGUCGCCGGCUCGGGCAGCGCACCCGGCACGGCGAGCAGCACGGGUGGCGAAUCUGGCGCGGAUCUGGCGCCGGUGUUCAUCUCGGCGCCGCUCUACAACACGCUCACCGUCAACAGCUACUACGGCCACGUCCGGCCGGGCAAUGUGCCUGGCAUGACCGGCAUGGCCGGCAGCUAUGUUGGCGAUACGCUGGCCGUGGUUCGCGGCGGCCUGGCCGUUAUGCCCGUUAAGCCCACCUCCACCACGCUCAUAGCUGGCCUGCUUAAUCGCGAACGCGACCAGGAGGCUGCCUGCUCUGGCUCCGGCACCGGCACCGGCACCGGCUCCACGUUGCGCAUGGCACCCGGUUCCAGCACUGGACCGCGCACGCGUAGCGGCGGACAGCUCCAAGGAAGCACACGACGCGCCACAUUGCCCAUUGCCAGCGGAACGGAUGCUGCUGCCGAUGCCAAUGCCACCCAUUCGGAACUGACCGAGCCGGAGUCUAGUCCGCGCUCUAACAAGCUGCUGUCCGGCUCGUCCGGCAGCCUUGGCAUCGGCCCCGGCGUUGGCAAUAUCAUAACCACGCCCGGCGAUUAUCCGCGCAAGACCAAGGGACCCAUUUGCCUCAUGGCCACUGACUCGGCCUCCGGCAGCACCAGCACAACAACAGCAACAGGAGCAGCAACAACAUCCGCAUCCGCAACCGCAUCCGCAUCGAAUGCUCAGCAAACGCCGCGCAAGCCACGCAUCGAUAUCUACAGAAAGGUCAUCAUUGUGGACGAUACGGGGAUCUACGACUGUCUGGACAUCAUCGAUGCCGUUGUCUGGCCCACGGAUCAUAUGCGCGCCAAUGGCGGCCGGCUCAGCUGGAAGGAUUGGGAGCCGACGGCGGGAAUGGUGGGACAUGUGGUGCACGUAUGGGUGCCGAAUCACAAGGAUGUGCUGUUCCGUUCGCAUGUGAAUCGCUGUGUGUAUCUGAUCGAGAUCGGGGAGCACUAUGUGCCCGUCGAGGAGCUGGGCCUGCGCGAAUACAAUCAGAUAUUGGGCAGCAGCAGCGAGGAGAUGGCCAACUCCAGGCGCAGCUCGAUACAGCGCGACUUUCACGAGUACAACAUGCAGCUGAAGCUGGCCGGGCUGACGCCCAUCCUGGGACCCAGCGGCAGCGGCAGCAAGAUGCCAAAAAUACGCGCCGUCAGCAGCAGCUCCUCCGACGAGGAUGACGAACCAGCACCGACAGCUGCGGCAGCGGCUGCGACUGCGGCUGCGGUUGCCGUUACCGGCGAUGUGGCCGACACUGCAGCCGGAGCAGCUGCUGUUCCGGCGAUCUCGCUGCCACCGGGCGUCAAUUUCAAUACGCUGCUCAACAUGUGGAAACUGAUUGCCGACAAGAAGAAGCAGGCCAUCAAUAUUGAUACGACGGAGCCAUUCGCGGCAUUCGAUUAUACGGGCGAGCUGCCGCCGGAGCUGAUGCGUGAGCUGGAGGCGAGUCGAUUGGCGCAACAACAGCAGCUAGAGGAGCAGCAGGAGGAGGAGCUGCGCAAGCAUUUGCAACAGCUCGAGGAUGAGGCGAAUGCUCUGGCUGCCGAGCAGGCGACGGCGCAGUCAAACGUGAUACAGACGCCGCCAAGCGAGGAGCUGUCGCUGGAGGUGAGCGGCACGCCCACGCCAACAAGUACGCCCACGGCGGAGGAGGAGACGAAGGAGGCCAAGGUGGAGCAGAAGCAGGAGCAGGAGGUGCAGAAGCAGGAGGAGAAGAAGGCGGAGCAGCACGCUGAGCAGGAGCAGCAACAGGACAAACUAGAAAAUCACGACGAGAAUAAUGGAACCACAGUUUAAAGCACACACACACACACACACACAGACGGAGGGAGAGAGGGGUGUGCGUGUGUGUUGUAUAUCAUUUGAUGAACAAUUUAGCCCAACUGAAACGAAUUCGGAUCUAAGCAAAUACAAAUAAAUAAUAAAUAAAUAAAUAGAAAAACAAAAAAAAAAAAAAAAGAAUACAACAAAGAAAUACUUCCAUGAAAUCAAAGUAGAGUUUUUAAAACGACUGCGUUUAGUUUGGAUAAAUGUAAAUAUUAUUAAUUAAUUAAUUAUACAAGCUACACAUAUACCCUAUACCAUAUACCCUAUAUCCAUAUACUAUAUAUUAUAUAUAAAGAACGUGCGCCUAGCUGUAAAUUUGUUAAUAUAUUUAGACGGAAAUUUGGUAAACAAAACAACAACAAAA